AACCUCGGGACUCCGUGGCGGGCGCAGGGGCAGCUGGGAAGAUGGCGGCCUGGCUACCCUGUUGGAGGUGGGGCUGGGCGGCUGUAUCCUUCGGCCGGCACCGACGCCUGAGCGCGUCGCUCGCUCGGAAGACCCCCCGCGCUUGGUGGCUCCCAGCUUGCAGACAAAAGGUAUCACUCUCUUUCCUUAAGCGACCAGAUCUGCCAAGCCUGGCUUAUAAGAGGCUAAAAGGCAAAAACCCAGGAAUUAUCUUCAUCCCUGGCUAUCUUUCUGAUAUGAAUGGUAUAAAGGCACGGGCAAUUGAGGAGUUUUGCAAAUCUCUAGGUCACGCCUGUAUAAGGUUUGACUACUCAGGAAUUGGAAAAUCAGAUGGUAACUUAGCAGAAUGCACAGUGGGGAAAUGGAGGAAGGAUGUACUUUCUAUACUUGAUGAUGUAGCUGAAGGACCACAGAUACUGGUCGGAUCCAGCCUUGGAGGAUGGCUCAUGCUGCAUGCUGCAAUUGCGCGGCCUGAAAAGGUCGUAGCUCUUAUUGGUAUAGCUACUGCUGCAGAUGACAUGGUGACACAGUUCCGUUCCCUUUCUGUUGAGACUCAAAAGGAAAUAGAAGUGAAAGGGGAGUGGACCUUACCAUCUAAAUACAACAAGGAAGGAUUUUACCAAAUUCCAUACAGUUUCAUUAAAGAAGCGGAGCACCACUGCUUGUUACAUAGCCCCAUUCCUGUGACCUGCCCUGUGCGCUUGCUCCAUGGCAUGAAGGACAGCAUAAUUCCUUGGCACACAUCUCUGCUAGUGGCUGACCGACUUGUCAGCCCAGAUGUAGAUGUCAUCCUCCGGAAAAACAGUGACCACAGGAUGAAGGACAAAGCAGAUAUUCAUCUGCUUGUUUGCACUAUUGAUGACUUGAUUGACACGCUCUCAACUGUAGUUCACUAGAAUCUCAUUUGUGAUUGGUGCACACUCUAAUGCAUCCAGAAGAUUGAAAGAAUGGUAGUAAAUCAAAGACCCAGAUACAUUAGAGUUCCCUCUUUUUCUUUGUAAAUGCCAAGAAGUAUUUAUUUAAUGAUGUCUUUGCACAAAUAUACAAAUUGUGACAAAAGUAUUAGCUUCUGUUUGGAAAAAUUUGUCCUUCCUUUUAUCUUUGAUAUUUUCCCAUUAAAAUAGUACCUAUUUUUUUAUUCAAGAGAUGUUUACCUUUCUUAUGCAUACUUUAGUCGUGCCAGCUCUUAUGUUCCCUUGUACUACAAUAAAGCUUUAAUAUUUUGGUUUUGUUUGGUACCAUUAUAUGUGGAAGUUUGUAAAUUCUGAUUUUUAAAAUGAUUCACAAAAUAGAGGAAGACGUUUAUUGCAAUAAAUUUGAAAUGAUUCUAAAAAUGUCUGAAGCACAAUAAAGUUGAAACAAUGAGGA